AAAGGAGUCCCAAACUAGGGCCGGGAGUGUUAUUUUCCAAUAGAUUAUACUUCAAUGAAUACAUAAACAGGCUUUUUUAAACAAAAAUCUCCCUUGCGCGAUUUUCGCGACGUCUGUUUGUAAAGCGCUGUGAAUAUCAUUUCCCCCUUGCUGACCCUCAAUUGGUACAUCCGGGAACUUUGAGUUACGCAAUGCUCGAUAUUCUCGAAACUGUCAUGGCGGACGCGUACAUGUCAGACUCGUCAGACGACGGCGUGAAUAGCCAAAAUAGCACUUUGUAUGACUCUAGCGACAGCGAUGUUUCACUGGAUCUCGACAACAUCCAGCCUUACAUGCACGAGCCGCAGCAAGAGCGGGAAGAACCUCAGAAUGAAGGAGAAGCGGCCGUGCCCGGUGCUGUUGGACCGGGGAAUCUUCAAGCAGUCCCGAUAGCCGCUUGGGACGGCAUCGAUGUUGAAACAGAAGCCUGGAGAAUGGAGGAGGGCCAACUCCAAAUUUGGUGUAGAUGCGGCAACUGUAACUAUAUGGAUACUGUCAGAGAAUGCGUAUGCUGCCACGAUCUCGUCGAACUUACCGACCCUCCGCCUGUUGUCGUGGAAGACUUUGAUAAUGGCGGUAGAGGGGUGGGCGUCGGUCCCGAUCAACUCAAGUGUAUAACUCUGGACAGUGAGUUUCAUCCCAUCUGCAUCCUGAGAGCAGCACUGAAGACUGCGUUGUUACAGCGGCAGAAUCUCGGACUUGAGAACGUCCGAGAACCGCUAAGUUACAGAAUCCUGAGGCUGUCUGCAUACAGACAGUUUACCUGCUGGGUACACAAACGGCGGCUGGGGAAAGGUGUCCGGCGGGUUGCUCCAUCAUGUGCUGUUCUCAGGAUCCGGCAGGAAUACCCUAGUCCAGAUGGGAACUACGUCGGUUUCCUGGAGGCUGACGACUAGGAUAGAAGGACUUCUGACGUUUUUGUUUUACCUCUGUUACCCGUACUCUAAAAAAUGCCUUUGUUUUUAUUUUUCUCUGUGCACGCAUUAUAACGGUACAUUACUACUAGUAUACGAACAAUGUACGACCGGCUGUUGUUCUAGACAUAUAUAAUACACUUACUUGUAACUGUUCUCGUUAGUCUUUUAGUUCAGUUGUCGAAAUGUUGCAGUGCAUGUACCACAAUUGCUGACUUUUCGUGCAAACUUGGUGCAACAACAAUAGAGACAAUACAAUAGGUCUGUACAACUAAGUUAUCAGUAAAUACAUCUUGGUAAAGGAUAUUUUGAGUGCAAUUUGAUUUGUACAGUCAUCUACAACUUUAUGUAUGAUGCCAAUGAUAAGCACAAUCACUGUCCUUACAUGUACUGUAAGGGGUUUGCCAUUUCUUUGAAAUAAAAGAAACAUGGUUUUCAACAUCAAUAAGAAUGUGAAUUCGUAGAUAGAUUAUACAACUAUGUAGUAAGAAACCAACUAUGAAUAUUGUAGAAAAAACAAUAAGUGAAUAUGCUCCAACUUUUCCUCAUGUCAUAUUAGAGGUACUGUGAACAACAUUUCAUACUGCGAUACAGACCACCAGAAUUGUUCACUAAUAGAUGUUUACAUUCUCCAUGUCAUAGAAAUAUGUUUUACAGUGUUAGAAACUUAAUUUUCUACAUCGAUACGAAUGUGACUUCAUAUAUAAAUCAUACACACAUGUAGUAAGAACCAACUAUGACUUAUAAAAACAGUAUGUAAUAAAAGAAAAUAUGCUCCUUUGUUAACUUUUCCUCAUCUACUAUCGGAGAUACUGUGAACAACAAUCUCACAGAGGAAAUACAACAUGAUAAUGAAAUCAAGGACUGGCUCAUCAAGCAAACCUUUGUCAGAAUAACACAGCAUAACAUGUAGCUGAGUACAAUGUGUAUACAUUUCCAACUUUUCUCAUGAGGAAAUACAACAUGGUACAGAAGUCAAGGACUGGCUCAACAAGCAUACCUUUGUCAGAAUAUCACAGCAUAACAUGUAGCUGAGUACAAUGUGUAUAUAUUUCCAACUUUUCUCAUGAGGAAAUACAACAUGGUACAGAAGUCAA